CUUUGGAUUAUUUUUAGCUAACUACAGUCACCUCUGGUUAACUUUUAAACAGUUUUAGACACAUAUAAGUUACCCUGUGGCUAUAGUUAAGGUUACUACAGUUUUACCUAUUGGUGGACUUAUGGGUAAUUCCAACUGCUAGUUGUUUUUGUUUUUGUUUUUUUGGAGUGGUGUUGAACUACGAUUUUUAGCAAAUUAAAAAACUGCAACGAAAACGCUGUCAACAACAACAAUAAUAAAUGCUGUAGUCGUGUCUACUGUUGAUAGUUAAUAGUGUUCUUUGCUCUGAGCUCGCUGGUGAACAAAUGGUUAACUGGAGAUGCUAAAGCUGAGAGUGUGUUUCUGAGCAUGUGCUGCUGCAGCUGCUGCUGCAGUGAAGUAAAAUGGUCAGUUCUCAGUAUCCAGUGCAGCAGAGACACACUGGAGGGGCAGGAGGAGAACCUGGCCUCAGCAAGGUGACAGCAGGAGAACCAUCCUCCAGGAGAACCCUCUUCCAGGAGCAGCACGGUCGCUGUGGACCCUGAUCUUCAGAGUUUUGACACUGCAGAGGAUCAUCUGAAGCUGCUUAUUUCAUCAUCAGUGAUGAAGCAGAUUCCGGGUCACCUUGCUCAUGAGCACUUUACUGAAGUGGAAACUGCUGGUUCCAAUUCUAUUAACCACAGCUGCAGUUUCUCUAAAUGACCUUCUGAAAAAUCUGCACUCACCUCCGAUCUGUGAACACCAGCCAAUGACAGACGGUUACGGUUGCAGUGAAAGGACACCAGUGUUUACAUGACGAGAUGUGCUGAAAACAGCUGCCGUGAUAACCAUCAACUCGUCUGUCUACACAGCAGGGUUCAAUAAGUAGAUGGAUGUCAGGGUGCAGACUGGGCAGCGACGGCCAGGGCAGGAGCUGCCACCAACAUUUUUGAUCAAUACAACAACAGCAGUGGCAGAACUGUGUCACACUGAGCCGACGGGUCAAUGAAAACAAUCUCCAUCUCUCAAACAGAAAACCUGAGGAGUCAUGGUAACCUUGGAAACCCUGGAGGCUCCUGUGCCCCUGACGGCACUGUCACGUUGGUACCUCUACGCCAUUCAUGGCUACUUCUGUGAAGUCAUGUUCACCGCCACCUGGGAGUUUGUGGUGAACCGCAACUGGAAGUUCCCCGGCGUGACCAGCGUGUGGGCGCUCUUCAUCUACGGCACCUGCAUCCUCAUCGUGGAGCGCAUGUACCUGAAGCUGCGCGGCAGCUGCUCCGUGCUGCUCCGCUGCAUCAUCUACACCUUAUGGACCUACCUUUGGGAGUUUGGCACGGGGCUGCUGCUGCGUCAGUUCAACGCCUGCCCCUGGGACUACUCCGAGUUCCGCUACAACUUCAUGGGAUUGAUCACGGCCGAGUACGCCGUGCCCUGGUUCUGCGCCUCCUUCAUUGUAGAGCACCUGGUCAUCCGCAAAACGUUGCGCCUUCGAUUCCACGAGGGGCCUGAGGACGUGUGGUCAGACCAUCAGUUGGAUACCAGUGGUGGUGGAGGGGCAACUGGAGGAGGAGCAAGAGGGGGAUUAGGAAGUGGGAGGAGGAGAGAGAGAAGCAGAGGGACAGGAAGUAGCACCAAUGGCUACCUGAAAGCAGAAUGAACCAAGAAAUGAAGAACCCGGUCUGAGAGAACAUCUCAGUGGCUCUGCUACACCUUCUCUGUGCUUCCACCUUGAUAAGCUGUCCUCCCCGCUCUGGGGGAAACACUGUACUAACAGACAGCUGUGCAGACUGGGUUGGUGUGGAGAGGAGUUCAGACUGAAGCUAAAAAUACCCCACACCUACUGUAACUGGGACCUUUGAUGCCCACAUCUCCAACUGUUGUCCUCUGAUGUCAACAGAGGCACGAUACCUCCAUGCUCCUGCGUUUGCUGCAUCUCACAACACACUCAACCAUCUCCACGUGGGCGCCACCUGGUGGUGAUCCAGGUGGUCAGCGACCUGGACUACUUCCUCGGCCUACGCUGUCCCACAGACUGCAUCCAAUGUGGGAUCCUCAGAGAUAUUGUCAUGACUACU